AUGCACGGCUCCAUACAUGUUCACCAGAGUGUUAAAACAGGUGGUGGUGCAGCUGCAUCAGUUCUCGGUACACAUCAACCCAUACCUAGACGACUGGUUGCUACAGCUGAGCAGUACUUGGAAUUACGUUUCUCUAAACCAACACGAAUAAUCUGUACAUUGAUAUACAUUAUAUACAAGGUGUUGUACCUUGGAAUUGUUAUAUAUGCUCCGUCUCUUGCGCUGAGCGCUGUAUCUGGUUUGAAUGUAUUCAGCUCAACUCUCACUUUUGGAAUCGUAUGUACUUUCUACACAGCUAUAGGAGGUAUGAAAGCUGUGGUAUGGACCGAUGUAUUUCAAUCUAUUAUCGUAUAUGCCGGAUUGUUAGCUGUCAUCAUUAAAGGAACAAUCAUUUUGGAAGGAAUCCAGAAUGCUUGGCGAAUAGCAGAAGAUGGUGGGCGGGUGGAAUUUUUAAUCACUGACAUCGAUCCAACGAUCAGAAAUACAAUAUGGUCGCUUACAAUAGGAUUUAUUUUUAAUGCGAUGCCAGGAAUGGUCAGUCAACAAACAGCACAGAGAUUCAAUAGCUGUAAAAAUGCAAGAGAUGGGAUAAAAGCUAUGUAUCUCCAUCUAUUCUUCACUGAACUUAAUAUUGUUAUUCUCGCAUUCGCCGCUAUAAUUAUUUAUGCAGUGUAUGCCACUUGUUCGCCAUUGGCGGAAGGUAAAAUAUCAAGCCCUGACCAGUUGAUGCCGUAUUUCGUGGUUGAGCACUUUAAACAUGUUCCUGGAAUAGCUGGACUCUUCAUAGCUGCAACAUUCAGUGGGGCAUUGAGCACACUCUCCUCUGGGCUAAAUUCGCUGGCAGCUGUGACUUUCGAAGACUUAAUGAAAAUGUCAUCUUAUGUAACAAAGCUUUCUGAUAAAAAAGCUACACUUAUUCUGAAGAUCCUUGCUACUGUAUACGGCUUUUUGGCUAUUGCGUUUGUCUUUCUUGUUUCACAAUUUGGUACAUUGGUAGUAUUAUCAAUUGGGUUAUCUGGAUUAUUACUUGCGCCUGUUCUUGGUGUAUUCACCCUUGGACUAUUUUUUCCGUGUGCUAAUUCUAAGGGGGCUUUCAUUGGAUUAAUGUCAGGAUUAGGUGUCAGUGCAAUGAUCUUCGUUGGCAACUUAUUCUAUAAGUAUCGUCCCCAACCUCUGCCGAUGUCCAUUGCUGGUUGUAUCGAGUCCAACGCCACGGUGGCAAAUGUAACUCUGGCGUACACAACAGAACUGGUGGAGACUGACACCAUCUAUGGCAAUUUUAGUACAUUAGCAACGAUCCCACAGACUGAAUCAUAUGGAUUUAAAGAUUUCAUGAAAAUAUCCUAUCUGUGGUAUGGAUUGUUGGGAACAUCAGCAGUGCUGGUUGUUGGACUUCUUGUAAGCUUUUUGACAGGAUACACACGGCCAAAAGACGUAGAACCGCGUCUUCUAUCUUCGCUCUACACCAAGUAUUGUGAUUGUUGUCCAUCAUUCUGUUGCCCACCAAUAACCAGACAUACAGAGGAAAAUACGCAUCAAGAUGAAGGUGCCAUAGUGAUGCAUGGAAUUUCGAUCAAAAUCAUGCUUAGCACUUACACGAUGAAGAUCAAAUUUGCUGAGGUGAUUUUGUUGGUAAUACUGCCAAAGAUUGUCAAUGGAAGUACUGAAACCGAUUGCUGGACUGAUGGAUGUAAUUCUGAGUACCCUCAUCCAUGUGAUUUUCUUCCUUCAAGAUGUAUAGCUUUUUCGUCAAUAUGUAAUGGUGUAUUUGAUUGUGUAGAUCAAAGUGAUGAAUUGAAUUGUAUUUCCACAAAUACUAUAGAAGAAAAUUCAUGCGUAAUGCCGAUACAAGAAACAGGACAUGGUAGAAUCAGUGAAUACAAACUCCAGCUAUUGGAAGCACAUAACUACUUUCGAUGUAUGCAUGGCGUACCACCUCUGAUUUGGGACACGGUAUUGUCAGAAGCAGCAAGAGUAUAUGGAAAUGUUACCUUAAAACAAGAAUCCACAGCAUUAUUCCUCGAUCAAUAUUGGCCUUUUGGGAAAAACACUGCAAUGUAUCUUCAGGACUAUUUUCCAACAGUGACAGGAAUGGAAACCGUUGACUGUUGGUACCAACACAAACAGUUCUAUAACUGUGAUGACCCUAAGCCUAGUGUUCUUACUGAUAUGUUUACGCAAGUCAUCUGGAAAGAUACCACCAGGGUUGGUUGUGGAAUUGCUGAAGGCCAGGAGGUAUACGUAGUGUGUAACUACUUUCCAAAAGGAAAUGUGAAUGGUACAUUUAUCGAAAACGUACCUUGUGUGAAAAAUUCUACUAUGACUGAAUAUUGA